CUAGCAGCAGUUGAGAAUUAAAAAAAAAAGGAGAAAGAAGUAGUAAUAAUAAUAAUAACAUCAGCAGCAGCAGUUGCUGCAAUAGUAGUAGCGUGGCAGUUGGCGCGGGCAAUGGUGAAGUGUCACUGGCUUUUUCUUAUGGAAAUGUUACUUGUCUCGCAACCUAAACGACAUUUAACAUGUCAACGGUGAUGGAUAAAAUGAAGAAAUUUAAAAUAAAAGGAGUGCUGGACGGCCUAAGGUCGUCAGUGAACACUCCAGCCAAAACUGAAUUGGACAUUACAGAAACAUUGCGUUCGGAACACUUCGAGAUCUGCAAGACUGUGCGUCAUGGAUUUCCAUUCCAACCCACUGCACUUGCUUACGACCCUGUACAACACAUUUUGGCAAUCGGAACUAAGAGCGGAUCUCUUAGGAUAUUUGGAAGACCAGGAGUAGACUGCCAUUGCUGCCACCCAGAAGAAGCGGCUGUGAUACAAAUUUUAUUUCUAAUAAAUGAGGGUGCAUUGGUAACAGUUUGUUCUGAUGAUACCUUACAUCUAUGGAAUUACCGACAAAAAAGGCCAGAUAUUGUACACACCUUGAAAUUUAUGAAAGAACGUAUUACAUAUUGCCAUUUGCCUUUCCAAAGUAAGUGGUUUUACAUCGGAACUGAACGUGGGAAUGUACACAUAGUGAACAUAGAAACGUUUUCUUUGUCUGGUUAUGUAAUUAAUUGGAACAAAGCAAUUGAAUUGUCACGAAAAACCCAUCCAGGCCCAGUUGUGCACCUUGAAGACAAUCCCAUAGACCCCAGUAGGCUCUUGAUAGGUUUUGAAUCGGGUGCAGUGGUUGUGUGGGAUUUAAAGAAUAAAACAGCCGAAUUAAGAUUUUCUACCCCUGAAGCGCUGCGGUCUUUAUCAUGGUGGUCAGAUGGCAAACAAUUCAUGGGAAGCCACUCAGAUGGCAGUUUAACAACAUGGAACUUGAAAACAAAUCUAAAAGCUACCAAUAUUACAAUGCCUCAUGCAAAACCUGGAAAAGAUGGAAAACUUGAACCAUGUAAACCAAUUAAAAAAAUAGAAUGGAAAUCAGUGCGAGGAGGUGAACCACUGAUUAUUUUCUCCGGUGGAAUGCCCUAUGACAAAGUGGGACGUACACCUAGUAUUACAGUGAUGAAUGGAAAAAGUAUUACAGUGCUUGAAAUGGAACACAACAUUGUUGAUUUUGUUGUGUUGUGUGAAACUCCUUGGCAAAAUGAUUUUCAGGUACCAUAUGCCAUAGUUGUACUUCUUCAAAAUGAUUUAGUUGUUGUGGAUCUCACAGUCCAAGGCUAUCCGUGUUUUGAAAACCCUUAUCCUAUGGACAUUCAUGAGUCUCCUGUAACUGCCUGCCAGUACUAUGCAGAUUGCCCUCCAGACUUAAUACCUGCCUUCUAUUCUGUUGGAUCAAAACAGAAAAAAACUGGUUUCAGUGAGAAUGGAUGGCCAAUUAAAGGUGGUGAAUGGGGAACAACAACUUGCAGCUACCCUGAGAUCAUUUUAACUGGACAUGCCGAUGGCUCAGUAAAAUUCUGGGAUGCUUCAGCAGUUACCUUACAGGUUUUAUGCAAAGUAAAAUCUGCAAAAUUAUUUGAAAAGCCUAAAUGUAAAAAUUCUGAUGGUAGUGACGAUGAUCCGUUUGCUAUCCAAAUGAUGCAGUUGUGUCGCGAAAGUCGUUUACUAUGUGUUGCUGGCGCUACGCAUGUAAUGCUCUUCAGGUUUGACAAACAAGAGUCUCAACAUGAAGUCGUCGCACUUGAAAUCCAGAUCAUCUAUGAAGUGUAUGAUGACUUAGACUCUCCAGAUUAUGAAUACUCACGGCCAUUUCUUGGUGCAGUCCAUCAACAACAGAGUGGAAGCCUUGGCUCCUAUUCCAGCAGUGCAUCCGAUAGUACUAAGUAUGUUCAGGAAAAGAAACCCCCUCUCAGUUGGAGUGGUGCAAUUUCUUUGGAAUACAGCACAGCAUUAAAGGUAAAACCCUCCCAGCGGCGAUGGAACCCAGGUUUCCAGCCUGACAUAGUGUGUCUUUUGGCAUGGAUUGACAAUGAGCAUCCAGGGAAUGUGACUAGUAUAUGUGUUAAUUCUUCCUAUGGCCUAAUGGCUUUUGGCAAUGAAUCUGGUCUAGCUGUAGUGGACAUAAUCCAGAAAAUUUGUUUGCUUAAUAUUGGGACACCUGAUUUGUAUGGAUCUAUGGAUCCAUACCAGCGAGCACCUCGUUCUCCCCGUGGAAAAAGACCACAACCUCUUGAUGCUAAUAAUACUGGACAAAUAUUUACUGAUGAAUGCAAAUCUCCAACCAGUGACCAAUUUGUACACUACUCCCUUAUUUUCCAGUCCCUCCUCCCCCUGGCAAGUCAUCCUCGGCCUGUGAGUAGUGGCUCUACUCCCUGUGGUGGUGAGGAGGAGGAGGAGCAGCAGCUGGUGCACCACCUCCCCCACACACAAACACCUCAAGUAGCCAUUGAACCAACUCCGAUGACUACCAAAAGCUACUUAUCAAGUGAGUCGAUUUGCGAAAAAACUGACAGCACAAAAGACAACAACGAGACUUGGACAAUAAUUGAGGUAGAAACAGAACGGAGUGAAUCGCAGACUGAAGAAUCAGUCAGCUUUCAUGUAAUGCCACCAGUGAAGACGGUACCACAUCGAACAAAAUCAAACAAACUGCCUAAACCAAGUGAGGCUGUGACGCCAAUAAAACGCUCCCCAUCAGAGUCUAAUAUUAGAAAACGGAACUCUCCUAAAGAUGAUGAUUCUGUAUUUUGUAGUAGUUCAUCUAGUCGAAACCUUCAUGAAAAUCGCAAUUGUAUAUCAAGGGAAGCUUACUCAGAUGUAAAUUUAACCCAAUCUAUUCCCGACACCAAUAUUACUAGUCCCGGUGCCAAUUGCAAAGACUCAGAAACAUCAAUACUACGAAAAAUGAGCUCCAGUCUGAAAGCCUUAUCGAUUAAAGUGAAAGGCAGCUUGCUUGAUGUAGGACAUGAUACUCGUAAAUAUAAGCCCCCUCGACGUUUCGGUGAUAUUGGCAAAGUUGAUGUAAUUGAUCUCACAAAGGAAAAUGAAUCGUCUCACAAAAGACACAUGAGCCGAAGUGAAAUAUUCAAGGGACUGUUUGUAGAUAAAAAUGAUGGAUCCUCAUUCUCUCGGUCGAGAAGCUCCAGUAUGUCCAGUCUCGAAAAUGUUUCCAAAGAAGCAAUCCAGUGUCUCAAAUUUUCUGAUUCAUAUACAAGAAAAACAGAUAGUUACACCUGUCCUUGUUUAUGGGUCGGCACCAGUUUAGGAUCCGUCUUAGUCAUUGUACUUAAUCUUCCUUCGCAAGAACAAAGAAAUUUCCAGCCUGUCAUUGUAUCUCCAAGUGGAACCAUAUUCAGGCUAAAAGGUGCCAUUCUUACCAUGUCAUUCUUGGAUUGCAAUGGUGUUUUAGUUCCCGAUGCCUCAGUUCAAUGGGAAGAUAAGUCAAAGUUGAAAAUAGAUCCAAGAGAUGCGCAAGCACAAAAAACCAAUGCUGGGAUAAACUAUAAAAAAGUGUCCCCAACGACAGUUUUAGAAGUUAGUGAUCGGCAAUUUGCAAUAAUCUGUUCAGAAAAACAAGCAAGAGUUAUGUCCUUACCUUCUCAGACGUGUGCAUACAAGGUGAAGAUCACAGAAACUUCUUUUGUUGUUAAAUCAGAGAUUGUGUCAAUCAAAGAUAGUGUCUGUCUUGCGUGUUAUGUUGCAAAUGGUCGCAUCGUAACCUUCAGUUUACCCAGUCUAAAACCCUUAAUGGACGCUCCAUUCCAGCCUCUCACUGAGAUAAGAGUUGCACGAACCUUCUGCUUCAGCAACAAUGGUCAUGCUAUGUAUCUUUGUACGCCUACAGAACUUCAAAAAGUUACUUAUUCUGCUGAAAUGAGACAAAAUCUUAAUGAAAUGCUUGGUGAUCUUUUCCUGCCAUGUGAAACUCCAGAAGCACCUAAACAAGGAUUUUUCAAAAACCUAUUUGGUGGUGGUAGUGUUACUGUUGACAGAGAAGAAUUAUUCGGUGAGACCAGUGGAAAAGCUGCAAAAGGUAUGGCCAAAUUUAUUGCUGGCUCUGGCGGUAUGCAUCAUCUCACAGCCCAGUCUACAUCAGUUGGCGGUGAAGUGGCUCGAACAAAACAGUUGUUCCAUGAACGUGGAGAGAAACUGGAAGGCCUAGAAGACCGGACACAACAGAUGACUGCACAAGCUGAGAGCUAUUCUCAGGUAGCCCAUCAAUUGAUGUUAAAGUAUAAAGACAAAAAAUGGUACCAAUUUUAGCUUAUGGAACUUUUUACUCGUAGAUCGUACACCAGCUGUUCAGCUCUCUGAUCAGACGUAACACUCUAGUUUAACCACAACAUGACAAUUUACCGCUGGUUCGUUACUAUGGCAGCAGAGUUUUACAUUUUACAGCUUGCAAAGCUCCUCAGUUAAGUACCAGUCUGUUGGGAGAUUGCCAAACAUAAUUGGCAUGAGGGAUUCCUCACUUCUCCAUACAAUUGGGCUAACACUUGUUUACAGUUGCUGACAUUUUGAACUGAAACUAGAAUCAAUUCUCCAGUACCAACGCCAUCAAAGUUUAUAUCUUCUUCGAGAUAACAAUUUUGCACUCCUUUAGAAUAACUGUGGAUAAAAAAAAAAUGCAAAAUUAAAUUUGUGGCAUCAAUUUGCAUUCUGUUUUAAAAAAAAACACUCCUUUUUUUGGGAGCAAGCGCUGACUGUUGGAAGUUUAAAGGCAACGUUUCCUAGUUGAUAGAGCAACUUCGUCUUUCUUUAACUUUUAAAGCAGAAGUUUGAUUGUUAUUUUUUUUUUUUUUUUUGGUCAAAUUAAUUAAAACAACAAAAAAAUAAAACAAAGUGAAAAAAAACACAAAAAAAAAAGAAAUUAAAAUACCUCUUAAAAGAUUUUUAAAGAUUUAAUAAACUGGAAUGCUUGACAGACGAACCGAAUGCCUGAAUGGAUGAUAGUAAUGAAUGGUCUUUACAAGAAGAUAAAUUUCUAAAACAAAAAAAUUUUUUUAAAUUUGCAAACUUAUGAACUAUCUGUGUUUACAUCCGUGUGUAUGUAUAUAUGUAUGUAUAUGUGUGGAUACAACCACCCACACAUAUAUAUGGUAUGUAUGUGUAUAUAUAUAUAUAUAUAUAUAUAUAUAUAUACACACGUACAUACAUACACAUAUAUACAUAUAUAUAUAUAUAUAUAUAUAUAUAUAUAUAUAUAUAUAUAUAUAAACACACAUACAGGCAUGAAUAUAUAUAUAUGUGUGUGUAUAUAUAUAUAUGUAUAUACCCACAUUCAUGUAUCAUACAUAAACACACACACACAUACAUACACACAUGUAUACACAGUGGAUAUUAGACUUUAUGGAAAACUCCUACACUUAAAAUGAACCUUUAUUGCAGUAAAGAGAUCCUUGAGAAAGAUUUUCUAGAAAGAAGUUUCCACUAAAACUCUGAAAACGGCUGAGAGAAAGCAAAAACAAAAUGACACUUUGUUAAUAAAGAGAAAGCGGGAUCUCAAAGGAUUCUUAAAGUAUAAAUUUGCCGUUGGGUUUUACGGCAAGUUUUCCUGUUGUUUAUUCGC